AGGAAAACGCGGCGUGCUGGGCAGAGCUGGCAGGCAGGGCUGAGGCAAGCCCGGGGCUCGGUGCCCCCGGACGCCCCGUCGGGGGGGCAGCGGAGAGGAGCCCCCCGGGGCCGCCAGGGGAGCGGGGACGCCGCCGGCAACUUCGUGCUGGGGAUCGUCGCCUUUCGGGGCGAGCACCCGGCCGGGAGUAAGCCAACUUCUUGCAGCUCCUCCAUCCUCCUCGGCGGCUCCCUUCCAGCUGCAGCUCCCGCUGCUUCCCCGGGGGGGCUCCGGCAGCCGUCGGGGGGGGAGCGGCGCGGAUCUCCCCGCGGCUGCACAGCACCUGCGAGGCGGGAGGAGCCGGAGAGCGGCGGGGGAGAAGCAGCCGGCAGAGCCCUGCACGCAACACCGGGGAAAGUUUUGAAGGGAGAAGGAGCUGGCAGGCUGGGGAGGAGGAGAGGAGAGCCGGGCUGAGCUGCAGGGCGCCUGCUGGGGCUGCUCCUCGCUCGCUUCUCCCUUCAGGCUGGCUGGGGCGAUGCAGUGCGGCUGGGGGAGCUCCUGGGAGACGCUUUAAAAUAAUACUAAUAAUAAUAAAAAAAAAUCCUGGAUUUGAUUAAUUACAACAAUCCCCUCCCCAGAAGAUCUGGAGAAGAGGAUACCUAGCCCUCCCUCCGCCUUUCAGCAGCUGGCUCCUCGCCCCCCACCCCCCACCUCCCCCCCAAUUUUUUUUUCUCUUUUUUUUUUCCCUCCACCUCCUUCUCCUUUCCCCCAUUCGCUCGUGGGGCUGCGGCCAGAGCCUCGUCGGGAGGAGGGCGGGCGAGGACUCUCCCAAGUUGGCCCCAGUUGGCAGCACUUCGGGCAGCCCAGGACUCCGGGCAGCGCUCGGCGGCUCCCCCUGCACAAAGGAAACCCCUUCCCGUGGGGGGGGGGGUGGGCAGCGCUGGGCUGGCCCGGACCCCACUCCUGCUCCUGCGGGCUGCCCACUGCCCUGCUCCUUUUCUUGGGCAUCCUCGAGCAUCCUUGUGAAGGGAGAAGCGGCUCUCCGCUUUCCUGCCCUCCCUGCCUCCUUCUCUUUUUCACUUCUUUUUUUUUUCUUUUUUUUUUUUUUUUCCAUUUUUUUCUUGUUGCUUUUUAAUUCUUAUCCCCAGGCGGCUCCGGCGGGGGGGUCCCUUCCUCCGCCGGUGUCCGGAGCGGGGCGCAUGGGGCGGCGUUUCGGGAGGUUUUCGCCCGCUCCUCGCUCCCCCGCCGGAUGCUGCCUGGGCUCUUUUGGCUGUUUUUCUUCGCCGGCGAUGAAGGCGCUGCCUUGAAGAUGGAGAUGAUCUGUUUUUUAUUCCUGUCUCUGGUGCCAGCCUACAGCAGGGGACAGGGGGUUUACGCUCCUGCUCAGGCCCAAAUCAUCCAUGCCGGGCAGGCGUGCGUGGUGAAGGAGGACAACAUCAGCGAGCGUGUUUACACGAUUAGGGAGGGGGACACACUGGUCCUGCAGUGUCUGGUCACAGGACACCCCCGGCCACAGGUGAGAUGGACCAAAACCGCUGGCAGCGCAUCGGACAAAUUCCAAGAGACGUCAGUGCUUAACGAGACCCUGCGGAUUGAGAAGAUCCAAAGGCUGCAGGGGGGCCGCUAUUACUGUAAAGCAGAAAAUGGGGUUGGGGUCCCAGCCAUCAAGUCCAUUCGAGUAGAUGUGCAGUAUCUAGAUGAACCUGUUCUCACCGUUCACCAGACCAUCAGCGAUGUACGUGGCAGCUUCUACCAGGAGAAGACUGUCUUCCUCCGUUGCACCGUCAACUCCAACCCUCCAGCUCGCUUCAUAUGGAAACGGGGAUCUGAGACGCUUUCCCACAGUCAGGACAAUGGCGUGGACAUCUAUGAACCCCUCUACACACAGGGUGAAACCAAAGUCCUGAAGCUGAAGAACCUGCGGCCCCAGGAUUACGCCAGCUACACGUGCCAGGUGUCCGUCCGCAACGUCUGCAGCAUCCCCGACAAGUCCAUCACCUUCCAGCUCACAAACACCACAGCCCCACCUGCUCUGAAACUGUCGGUCAAUGAGACGUUGGUGGUCAACCCCGGUGACAACAUCACUAUGCAGUGCUCUCUGACAGGCGGUGACCCACAGCCAGAGGUGAUUUGGUCUCACUCUCCUGGCCCGAUGCCUCCCAACAGCCUUGUGCAAGGGGGCAACCUCACCAUCUGGAGGAUCCGUGUGGAGGACUCAGGCUACUACAACUGCACAGCCAUCAACAACGUGGGGAACCCAGCCAAGAAGACAGUGAACCUGCUGGUGCGGUCCAUGAAGAAUGCCACGUUCCAAAUCACCCCUGAUGUGAUCAAAGAGAGUGAGACCAUCCAGUUAGGGCAGGACUUGAAACUCUCAUGCCACGUGGAUGCUGUCCCCCAGGAGAAGGUUGUCUACUCCUGGUACAAGAAUGGGAAGCCAGCCAGGUUCUCAGACCGGUUGCUCAUCACCAGGAAUGACCCCGAGCUCCCACCCGUGACCUGCAGCUUGGAGAUAAUCGACCUGAGGUUCAGUGACUACGGCACCUACCUGUGUGUGGCCACCUUCCAGGGAGCACCCAUUCCUGACCUCAGCGUGGAGGUGAACAUCUCCUCAGAGACAGUGCCACCAACCAUCAGUGUCCCCAAGGGCCAGUCCACCAUCACCGUCCGGGAGGGCUCCAGGGCUGAGCUGCAGUGCGAGGUGCGAGGGAAGCCCAGGCCACCCAUCAUCUGGUCCCGGGUAGAUAAGGAAACCCCCAUGCCUUCAGGGACAAUGACGGCGGAGACAUAUGAUGGGAAGCUGCGCCUGGAGAGUGUGAGCCGAGACAUGAGCGGGACCUAUAAAUGUCAGACAGCCAGGUACAAUGGCUUUAACAUCAGACCCCGGGAAGCCCUGGUGCAGCUCAACGUGCAGUUCCCGCCGGUGGUGGAGCCAGACUUCCAGGACGUGCGCCAGGGCAUGGGGCGCAGCGUCACCCUGCGCUGCACCAUGCUGAAGGGCAGCCCCAUGAAGGUGGCCACCUCCGUCUGGCGCUUCAACGGGACCCUCCUGGCGCAGCCCCCGGUGGAGCAGCAGGACUACUCGGAGCUGAAGGUGGACAGCGUGAGCCGGGAGACCAGCGGCAACUAUGAGUGCAGCAUUUCUAAUGACGUGGGGGUCUCCGCCUGCCUCUUCCAGGUGUCUGCAAAAGCUUACAGCCCAGAGUUUUACUAUGAUACUCCCAACCCCACCUUGAGCCAGAAGCAAUCCAAGAAUUACUCUUACAUCUUGCAGUGGACGCAGAAGGAGCCUGAUGCUGUGGAUCCCAUCCUCAAGUAUCGCCUGGAAGUCAGGCAGCUGGCUCAGAGAAGCACCAUCCAAACCUUCAUUCCUGUGCAGAAGAUGGAGAAGGGCCUGCUGCUGGAGCACAUCUUGCCCAACCUGAAAGUGCCUCAGAGCUACGAAGUUCGCCUGACGCCCAUCACCAGCUUUGGGGCUGGGGACAUGGCUGCCCGCAUCAUCCGGUACAUGGAACCAAUCAACUAUCCCAACCCAACGGAUAACACCUGCCGCUUCGAGGACGAGAAGAUCUGUGGCUUCGUGCAGGACAAGAUGGACAACUUCGACUGGACGCGGCAGAACGCCCUGACACAGAACCCCAAGCGCACCGUCAACACGGGGCCCCCCACAGACAUCAGCGGUACGCCGGAGGGUUAUUACAUGUUCAUCGAGGCAUCUCGGCCCAGGGUGACGGGAGACAAAGCCCGGCUGAUCAGCCCCCUCUACAACAUUACGGCCAAGUACUACUGUGUCUCCUUCUACUACCACAUGUACGGCAAGCACAUCGGCUCCUUGAAUCUGCUGGUUCGCGUGCGGAACAAGCGGGCCAUCGACACCCAGGUGUGGUCACUCAGCGGGAACCGGGGGAACAUGUGGCAGCAAGCACACGUGCCCAUCAACCCGCCAGGACCCUUCCAGAUCAUCUUUGAAGGUGUCCGGGGCACGAGCUACGAGGGGGACAUUGCCAUCGAUGAUGUCACUCUGAAAAAGGGGGACUGUCCGAGGAAGCCAAUUGGACCAAACAAGGCGGUUGCUCUUCCAGGAAGCGGUGUCCCAGCCCUGCACAGCCCUUGUCUUUGCGGCCCAUUGACUUUCUUCCUUUACGUGCUGCUCAGAUGAUGGCAAGCGAGCGUUCCUGUCUUCGGACCGAGACAUUCCUACUCCUUUCCUACUCAGCCACCUCUGCUCCUCUUCCUCCCCUCCUCACUGGCACACCAAAGUGUCCAUACGUUACCAAAGACUGACAGGC